AGGAACUUUUACACCUUAAUUUACUUAAAAUACUAUUUUUCCAACAUUUUUUUCUAAUUUAAUAAAAUUUUAAGGGUUGUAAACGGUAUGUUUUACAAUGUCUUAUGACAAAAUAAACCCUGGGUAAGAAUUUCAAUCAACGGGUGUUGUUGGGUCACUAAUCCUCUUAGGAGGAUGAAUGGAUUUAUUACAAGAUGACAACAAAUACGGGGCUCACUUGUGUAUUGGAUGCCGUGGGCUGAAAUCCUGGUAUCCAUACAUAUGCCACAAUAUUUGGCUUUAUUAAGAUCCAUUCCAUAAACUCCGAUUCCUGACAAACCCUUUCUUGGGUGUUAAUCCUAAUCCAUUGCACAUCCAUUCUUUACUGAAAGUGACAGAACUUCUGAAGUUCAUAGACAUCAUCAACCAUAUGACAAAAUGGAUUUUGGCUCUCACGUUUCAGCGGAUGACAAACCCCAGAUGUCUGAGAAAUCAGACUCUGAAGAUCACACGACACAGUCGCCACGACAACCCUCGUCACCGGUGACCAUGACAACUCUUAAACAGCUCCUUCCCAAGCAACCUCAACCCCUGCAACUUUCACUUUCAGGUACCCGAUCACUUCCCAUCCACUGUAUCAUUGAGCAGACAAGCGGACGUCCCUCGUUCAACACGCCCCUGGACGAGCGAUCCGCGCAUACGAGCGUAGAGCUAGACAGCUAUGCGAUCCUUCCUGGUACCACUCCCAUCUCAGAGUGCGUCCAGUCAGCACUCAGCAAGCUGGGAUACAACCCUGGCGACGUAUUAGGGGCAACAGGUGCAAUACAGAUAAAAAACUGGAAGCCUCUAAGCUUCGACACAAUCACAGACAACUCCACAGCAAAUAUUGAAGAUUUGCUAGGGGAGCUAACUCAGGUUGCAACACUCAGAAUUAGAAUAUGCAGCAGCAGUAGUGGUGUCACGGGCGGGAAACUGUCAUCUGGGGAGGAAGUGAAGGAACGUCUGCUUCAGCUCCUACUGACCCAGUCACAGUCACUACUCACAGGUGCCGGGUGUAAUGGCAUGGAAAAGAAUGGAUACACAAAUGGCCAACAAACUCUAGCGACCAUUUCACCAGAGAUGCGACGCGCCUUUGACAAAUGGUAUGAAGAGCAGCUUAAGUCAUACACAGAGGGAAAUUCCGGUCCUGCUGGUCUCAAUCUCGCGUCUGCAGCUCGUGAACUUCUAGCUGUCCAACAGCAGAAAAUAUCUGCCACCAUGACAAUGACCUCUGGUGGAGUUCAGGAUAAGCUGACCCCGAGUCAAACUCAAGGUCACACCCCCCAGGUGUCUCCGCCAGUGCCACGGCCCAAGGCAUCAUCAACGCCGACAGCAGAUGCCUUCUCACAUCCAGCCUAUCAGCACUACCUCCCUGGAAAAACACGCAUGAGAACAUCCUUUGACCCCGAAUGUGAGAUUCCACGUCUUCAGCGAUGGUUUGCAGAAAAUCAGCACCCAUCACGAGAACAGAUGCUUCUGUUUUUGAACGAGCUGAAUUUGCUGGAUUCACGAAAAGGUCGGCGUCCAUUGGACUUGACAAAUAUAAUCUACUGGUUCAAAAAUGCUAGAGCAGCACAUCGAAGGGCAACAAAAAACAGCAGCGAUGACUCAUUUGAAAUGGAGGAUGAAAAAGAGGCACCGUCAACAGGGUCAGGGCCAGACGGUAUACCGUUCUUGCCAAAUCGUAACGCCGUCUACAUGGUGCCUUACCCACACUUUCCCAACAUCAGUCUAAAUAAUCUUAAUAAUCAUCUGGGUCUUCUAAGUGCUCAUAACAAACUGAAUGGACAGAUGCUUGAUAGGGAGCCGUGUGACCUCUCCCUAAGUGGGUCAAGGUCAAAAUCACCGGAGGAAGCAAAGAAGUUUAAGACUGAGUCAUUAGUCAAUGGAAGUGAUAGGCAAUCGCCUCUAGUUAAAAAUCAGGACAUAAGUGAGCGAAUUGACAUCGUAAAAGAUAAAGACAAUGUUGAGAACUCCCCUCAAAGGUCAGAUGAGGGCUACUCAGAAAUGGUCGAAAAGUCACCAUCAAAAAGCUGUUCACCAGAACAAGACGACAAUCCUGCAGACUAUUCUAAGAGUGUUAAGGCAGAAUCCCAUGAAGUGAACGACAUGCCAACAGAUCUUACUGUUGAGAAAGAAAAAUCAGGGGUGAAAGAAAACAUUGAAGAAUGCAACAAUAUAGACAAUGAUGUACCUAACGACCUAUCUGUUAAAAGUAGCAGGAAAAUGUCAGAAGAUGAUCGGUCAGACUCGCCAACAGAUCUCAGAAACAGCAAUGGAAAACGGGCGUACGAAAGCGACGACGAUGACAACAUUGAAUCCGAUUACGACGACGACCAGUCCAUAGGGUCUGCAUCUAGUCAUGAUGAAGCGAAGCUUGCAGCUCUACGAGAGUCGUACCUUAACUCAGCACAUCUCAACCUCGGGGCAGUGACAAGUUCGCCAUCGAGCCAGCCACUUCACAUCCCCCAAUUUCCCCACCCACUGGCUAUGCAUUACUUCCCCAUGAAUACUCACUUUUACUCCCAGCAGUCGAACCCGCUAAAAUACCCUGCCCAUCAACAAUCAUCGCCCAACACAACGCCAAAAUCUUCGCCCGGAGGAGGACAGGAAAACAACAGUUCUCACAGUCGAAAGAGGCGCACACGUGUUUUUAUAGACCCUUUAUCAGAAAUACCGAAACUUGAAAAAUGGUUUCUGGACGAUACACACCCAUCAUCAUACAUGAUCGAUAAAUAUUGUGAAGAACUGAAUAGCUCAGAUUAUCGACAGAAGUUCCCGAAAUUGGAGCCCAAAAACGUCCAGCUGUGGUUUAAGAAUCAUCGUGCCAAGGUUAAAAGGAUGCGAGUCGGCGGAGUCGGGGAUCAUAUGUUUGCUUGAGUUUGAGAUUAACUUGUACAUGUAUGGUAUUAGAGGAGUUUUGUUGUGUUUGGUCUUUGUAGACCAGUGGUUGUUACUUUGUUAUUUAUUAUCAUGUAAAAAAGUGUGAAAUGGAUGGCAGAUAUUGAAAUGUAAACUUUCUGAUUUGAACUGAUAUUUUAUUCCAAGUAUAAAGAUGGAUGCACCAUCAUGUUCUCCUUUUUAAAGCUUUCUUUACGACAAGUUCAUAGUUUCUGUUAAGUGUUAUGAGUAAUGAGUCUGAUUAUAUAAGUUGAGAUUUACAAUAUGUAUUAUGUGAGAUUUUAUCUAUAAUGUUACCCUUUGUGCUCUUUUCCAUUGACGAUUUUCAGGUGUUUCUUGUAAAAAUAGCCUCUGACAUUGUAAUAUUGUACUUUCAAGGGACUUGUUCACCGAUUUUAUGUUGGCGAUGAUUUUUUUUUUUUUGUCGGUUCAAUUUCCAAUAGCGUGACUUAAAUCCUUUCUGGCAAAAUAACAUUUUUUAAAUCAUUAUUAACUAUUGAGCUUUAUUUCGAACAUUUGAUGAUGUUUUAUCAUUGAUAUAUGCAUUUUCUUUGCAAUUAACAAGAAAAAUGUUUUUUUCAAAGCUUGAUCCCAUAAAACAGGAAUGAGUUCCUUGAAUGUAGGAAACUUUGUUUUUAUUUCUACGCACUGUUCAUUUCUUACUGCAAAUGUUUAAGACUAUGUUGCAAUAUUUAGAAAUAGUUUAUUUUUUCCUACGCACUGUUCAUUUCCACGCAAUUUUUCAAGUCAAAACAAAGUGGCAAUAUUCAAGAUUUUUUUUUUUUUUUCAAAUAAUAUUACUGAUUACUUUAUGUUAAUUAUUAAAUUAUUAUUACUUUUGUUAUGAAUGCCAAAAAGUUGUCAAAAUGUGUUUGAGUUUUUUCAAUUGAUUAUUAUUAUCGUAUUUUGUUGUUUUCUGAUAAUCAUGUUUUUCUCUCAUUUUUAUGCAUAUUUAAUAUUUUAGACCUGAAACUGUCUCUUGAAUCAAGUCAGUGGAAAUUAAGGGCAUCUUAACAUGAUUUUGUCUCAGAAUUGCUGUACAGAAAGUGUAUAACAGGGGUCAUGUCCUACCAUAGUAUUUGUUCUGUUCUAUGAAAUGAAAAUUGUAUUUUUGCAAACAUUUGUAUUAAAACUGAAUAAAUGUAAAUAUGGCGAAUUUAUAUCUUGUAAAUUUCAGUUCCCUAAAUGCAUGAUACAUGUAUGUGUAUAUCUGGUCUGUUAAGGUAUAUGACCCUUAAUAAGGUGAAUUUUGGUUGCCUGGUAACGCCAGAUUAUUUUGCUAUCAUUUGAAAGGGUUUUGCGUGCAAAAAAAUAAAAUGAAUAUAAAAAAAUAAAAUCAAACAAUAUUUUUUUGUCUUUAGAGAUUGAAAGUAGGUCAUAUAAUGUCUGAUUUCCAUGAAAACAAAGAGCUAUUUCAAACAAGAUUUUUUUGUCUUCAAAGAUUGCAAAAUAGGUAAUUUUAUGUCAGAUUUCCAUUGAAAUAAAAAGCUUAUAUACAAACUGUAAUAACUUUUUGUAUACUGUGCUUUUGGUGAUUUAUUUUACAUAUCAGAAAUAAGCAGGUAAAAAUCUAUCAAAUUAUACUAAAAUAUAUGGGAUCAGCAGGCAUCAACAUUUAAAAUUAUGGUUAAUGAUGCUAUCUGAGAGAGCUAGCAUAUUUGUGGGCAGGAUUUCUUUAUGAUGAAGGAAAGCAAUUACAACAAUAAUAAAUAAUUCAGAAUGUGGCAUAGUUCCCAUAAUGAUGGCGAAUAUUUAUUUAAUUUGUUAAAACUAAUUUAUUUUUGAUUGCAAUGUUUCUGUAAGAUUUUGUGGAAAUACUCUUAUUGGUGUUGUAAAUUAUUAUUUUGUUCUGUGUUAAUUGCAUUAUUAUUUAUAAUAAAUUUCUUUUAAACAAUAUCAUGUUUCUGUAUUAAGUGUUUUAUUUAUUUUUGUUAAAAAAAAGUGUUGAUGAAGAAAAUUCAUACCACAGGAGGCAAUAACAGUUAGAGAUACGGAAAACAUGCUUUUAAUAUAAUUAUAUACAUAAUACUAUUUAUAAACAACAGGCCUCGAUAUCUCGAAAUCCUUCAUAACAUGGUCAAGCUAAGCUCAUUACUGAUACUUUUGUUUUAAAAUAAAAUGUAUAAUAUUCCCCGAUAAAGAAUAUGAUAUUACAAUAGGGAAUGUUUAACUACAUUUUGGGUCAUAAAAUCAAAUUUAAGCAAGUAAUUUGACGCAUGUAACUUAAACCUGUUAUGCUUAAGACGCUUCAAGAAAUUAGGGCCAAGGUUUAUUAUAGUAUGUGUAAAGGAUUUGUUAUCAUACUAUGUUAUUCCUUCAAUAUAAAUAUGACUGAAGUUAUAAUAAACACACUGUUGUUGAAUCAUUGUGAGGGAUUUCCAUUGAUGCAAUUCUCCUGAAUAUCUUUCCAUCGUUUUGACAUCAACUUCUGAAGUUGACUUUGGGAUAAAAUCCCGUAUUUUUAACAUUCCUUUCUAAUCUUCAAGAUUUCUGUCUAUUGUGACUUUGAACACGAUUUUGAUCCGUAUUAUUGUUUAUAUUAUUUUAUAUAUUUCUGACUAAUGUACCAUCCAUGGUGCUGUUUUAUUUAGCGAUUAUUGUUCAUGUUUAUUUAAUUCCAAUGAAUAUACAUAUGAUAUAAAAAUUAUGAAGUAGGUGUUUUUUUUUCUCAAGAAUCUAAAAAUUUUAGUUGGUUACAAACAAUAGCAUCAAUUUACAAACUAGGCUAAAAAUACCUGGUAAAAACCAGCUUUUUCUUCAAUUUGUUUAUCUCUGGAAUGGUAUUCAUAAAACAUCUGAACUCAUUUUUUAACUUAUCUCAUUUUCCUAAGUUAAGUAUGUUAAGUUAAGUUGGUUAUUUGAUAUGAAAACUUGAUACUAUCUGAAAUGAUUUAUUUUUUAUUAAUGCUAAAAUCACUCAGGCUUAUCUCUUAAUUUGACUACGACUUCAACUUAAGUUAAGAAAUGACUUAAAAUAUUUCACAAAUACCGACCCUAAACUAUUAAAAUAAAAUCAUACUAGUGUUACUGGCAAAAGAUCUAUUACUUUGAAAUUAUACUCAUAGUACUUGUAAAUACAAUUUGUUCAUAUAAUACCAGAUUUACUUUGUAUAAAUUGUUUCUGUUUCUAAACACUUCUUUUGGAAUUAAAUGCCAUGUUAAAUGAAUCAUUAUUGUCAAAUUGAAGUUGUGCUGUAAAACCUCAUUAUCAUCACAUGUUUGGUUCAAAAUGCCUUUAAAGUCCAAGCUAAUGUAAAAAAAAAAUAAUCUUAAAUCAAGUUGCCUGUUCAAAUGACUUGAAUGAAAAAAUGAAUUAUUUGUUUUUUUAUUUGUUUUUUCAAUUUAUAUUUCAUUUGUUUAUUACAUAUUUUGAUGGUUUAGCGCAAGAUAGCCAUCACUCCUACUAUUUCUAUACAGAGUUAAGUCCCUCUCGCUCCAGGCUGUUAGUUUGUGUGUUUGUUUUAAAGUUCAGUUUUACUGGGAUAUUGCAAUAAUUCUUGUAAACAUUUCGUGGACUGAGAGCGAAAACGUUUUAUCUGCUGUCUAUUGAGAGCGGAAAUGUUCAAUCUGCUGUCUAUUGAGAGCGGAAACAUUCUAUCUGCUGUCUAUUGAGAGCGAAAACGUUCAUUCUGCUGUCUAUUGAGAGCGGAAAUGUUCAAUCUGCUGUCUAUUGAAAGCGGAAACGUUUUAUCUGCUGUCUAUUGAGAGCGAAAACGUUCAUUCUGCUGUCUAUUGAGAGCGGAAAUGUUCAAUCUGCUGUCUAUUGAAAGCGGAAACGUUUUAUCUGCUGUCUAUUGAGAGCGGAAAUGUUCUAUCUGCUGUCUGUUGAAUAUCAUUUAGAACUUUAUCGCUUUUAACCUGCGAUUCACACAUUUACGCACAUUCAUGAAAUUGUUUCUAUGUUCAUUUUGUACAGUCACUUUAACUGUACAUUGUUUCAGUUUGUUAUAUGACGUUUAAUUAUAUUGCACACAUAAGGCCAUCCUUAAAAAAUGGGGGGGGGGGGGUUAUGCAGUGCACUGACCAACUGACAAAAAGGCUCCAUUUCAACAAAAUUUGGGGUUUUAUGUUUAUUUAUAUUUUUGUUUUCCAACUUAAAGGGACUCAGUUAGGUUUUAGGGGUCAGAUAUCUGAAGAGUAAUAGUUUCAUGUAAAGUGAGAACAAAAUGUUUCUUAAAUAAUAAAACAUAAUCACAAUUUUAUAUAAGAGCAUUUUCGGCCUGGAUUUACAAAAUUCUGUUUCAUGCCAGUUGCUGUUUGGUGUUUGUUCAUAAAAGAAGGUAAAAAUAUCUUGGUUUCAAAUAAAGUUAAACAAUAUUUUGUAUACAGACCUUGAGUGAGUCCCUUUAACCGACGCACUCAGAAAAAAAAACUGGGCCAGGACACUGUAAACUUACAUUUUUCUCAAGGAUGGCCUAAUGGUAUGAUUUUACAUUCUGAAUGUUUAUGGUGGAUAUUAUUUUGUAUUGUUCACUGAGAGGUAUAAAAAUGACAACUGCAGGCUAAUAAAUGCAUGCCAAAACUGAA